AUGCAGAGGCGCAGGGACCCCGCCCGGCCCAACCCCGCGCCCACGAUGCCCGCCCGCGUCCCCGCGCUGCCCGCCCCGGGGCGCACGCACCGUGAGUGGUUCGUAUGCGACAUCCCGGGCAUCGCGUGCGCCGCCGGCACGUGGCUCCCCGCCCGGGGCCCCGCCUACUUCCUGGCUCACGACGCGCUCUUCCAUCUGCUGGCGCUGGCGGCGCACGCGCGUACUGCGCUCACCGACGCGGGCGCCGUUCCGCUGGGCGCAGCGCGGGGCGGUCCCCGCUGUAGCCUCUGCGGCAGUGCCCGGCCUGCGCGCACGCACCACUGCACGGUGUGCGGACGCCGCACCCGCAAGCUGGACCUCCGCCCCUGGGUCGACAACUGCGUGGGCGAAGACGACCAGAAAGGCCCCACCCUGCGCCGCUACGCGCGCGGGGACUGGGACGCGCUCAGCUCGCCGACGCCGCGCGCCCCCGUGGUCUUCCUCCUCCCGGUGGCCCUGAAGGGCUUCGUCUUCGCCUCGGCGAUGUUCGCCUCCCAGAUGCGCGCCAUCUGCACCGACCGCGCCAGAAUCGAGCAGCUGCGAAGCGAGAGGCCGGGGACGGGCCGCACGUCUGCGUGGAUGAACUUGAAGGCCGUCUUCGGCCACCGCCUCUCCCUGGCCUGGAUCAGCCCCUUUGCGUCCCCGCAGCCUCGGGCAGCAAAUACAGAAGUCCUGCUUUGUGCGUUGCGGGAAGCCGAGCUCUCCCAGUCUGAGUGGCAGGGCCUGGGCUGUGGACGGAUCGAUGACUGCAAGGCGGCCCGCCGACAGGGGAGCUUCUUGUACUCCCGCUUUUAG